AAUUUCGUAAAAAUAAAAACUCAUUUGGUCUCUCACUCUACACCGAAAUGCGAGACAGUUCUCAGCCAUGACAUCGGCGGAGCAGCCCCUAAAGAAGCGAAAAUUGUACAACCUGCCACCAGAACCACCACAAACCGUCGCCGAGGCAGAAAGCUGCGUGGUUCCUCCACAAACACCGCCACCGCUCUCUCAAGAUGAAAUUCAGGCAAGGCGGAGAAACAAAGAUGAGAUUCGAAGCGUGUACGAGUGUUAUAAAAGACUUAAGACUUGUAUUGCUCAACAUGAUGCUCGUCACGUGCCUGAGCUUGAACAAGCUUAUCUCUCUCUCAUUAGCGCUUCCCGAGGCUGUGCAAGUGUGCAACGUAUUGUAGCUGAUCUUGUUCCUCGAUAUGCAUCAUACUGUCCAACUGCUCUGGAAGCUGCAGCUAAAGUUGUCAUAAACAUGCAUAAUUGGAGUUUGGCAGUGAUAAAUAGGGGAGACGAUUCUGAUGGUGUUGCAUUUCAGACUGCUAAAGCAUGCAUUUUUGGUCUAGUUGAUAUUUGUUCUACUGCUUCUUCAGAAGCACCAACAUCAUCUGUCAUCCGAGGCAUCUGCUCUGCAGUUUUUCAUAAUGUACUGGCCUUCUUCUUAUCCUCCUUCGAUGGAAAAGAUAUUUUUCAUAAUGUUGAUAAAGAGAUCUUGAAGAUGCAAAAUUCCAAUGUGAUCUUUCUUGAACUAAAGAAAAAGUUUUCUGAAGAGGACAAGUCUUCAUUGAUUAAAUUGUCCAAGUUUCGUGUACUUUGUCUACUUCGGAUUUUCUUUUCUAGCCCUAAGAAUUUGCUUGCUGCAUGUUUCGAGCUCUUCAACCCUGCUGAAUCAGAGGGAGUUCAUGGAGGAAAAUAUUUUUUAAGUCAAAUAACAAGCAGGUUUGAUGAUGAUGCUGUGGUUUUCCCUUUAGAUAUAAAAGGUGAUGGACCUAAAUCUCCUGAAAGAAACGCUGAAGCGAAGGAGGCUUGUAAUGAUGAGCUAGUAUCUGGUGGCAGCCAAGUUUCAAUAGAUGCCUCUCCUGUUCCAAAGAGUUGCUUGUUGGGACUGGUGCUUGGCCAAAUUCCAUCUUUGAGAAGUUGGAUGUUUUCAAGGUAUAAGAAGUUAUGUAACUCAACGUCUUCAAUUGCUGUAUCAGAAAUUACAUCUGCUUUGGAAGUAAUCUUUGAAGCAUUCCCUGAAGUGGUUAAAGUGGAAGCCAGUGAAGUUGAUAGUGAUGAGGAUGAUUCUGAUGCAUCAAAGUGUGUUACUCGGAAAUAUUUUGUGCCUAGGAUCUCUAAUACACAUGAAACCUCCAGGGAACUAUCAGGAAAAGAUGGUAAUGCAAGAGUUCAUGAUGGAUCAUGUGAUGAUAGUUUUACUGACAAUUUUUCUGGACAAUAUCCGAAACCUCGCAGCUCAGUUGGCCCUCUUGAAACUGAUCUCCACUCAAAUGCAGGUUCUAGUCAUGAUAGUGGUGGCACAAGGUCAAUGGACUUUGAGACUAGUGACCAUGGAGAUUACUCAUGUGGCAGGUCUUCCAUUCCUAAAGACUUAUCCAACCAGCAAAUGCUUUCACCUGUUGCUAGAACACCAUUAGACUUCCGGAGUAAUUCAUUUGAGGGAAGAAAUCAUUUUCCUGCCUUGAGAUCCUUGGAUGGAGGCACUAGCAAUGCUUUGGUAUCUCCUAAUCACCAUUCAACGGUGCCGUAUGCUUCUACAACAUCUCAAAUUGUUUGGUAUUUUGAUGGGGAUCCUGCUGCCAUGGAUAUUUUUUCUGCUUCUAAGCAAUUGUGGUUGGGUUCUUUUGGACCUGAUGUAUCUGAAGGUCAUAUAAGGUUUCAUCUUGAGAGGUUUGGUCCAUUGGACCAUUUCUUUUUCUUCCCAAUCAAAGGAUUUGCUUUGGUUGAAUACAGAAACAUAAUUGAUGCCAUAAGAGCUCGGGAUUAUAUCCAUGGCAAUUUUCCUUGGCGCAUAAAAUUCAUGGAUAUAGGAUUGGGAACUAGGGGUACCAUAAAUGGUGUUGCAUUUGGUUCUAGUUCUCAUGUUUAUGUUGGAAAUAUUACAAGCCAGUGGGCAAGGGAUGAAAUUCUGCAUGAAUCAAGUAAAGUUGUUUACAAGGGUCCUUACAUGGUGACUGAUCUUAGUUGUGAAGGUACAUUACUAAUGGAAUUUGAAACUCCUGAAGAAGCUGCCACUGCAAUGGCUCAUCUUAGACAGCUACGUAAGGGUAGAAGUAACUAUAUGCCACCUUUAAAUGCUGGGCCAGCUAAUCUUGCAAUAUCCCAUAUGGACGUUGCAAGGUCUGUACCUGCUGCCCCUGUCCAUGCUGACAUCAGAAGUAGUCAUAUGGGCAACAUGUCUACUAGUGCUUUUGGAUCACCUCACACUGCCCCUUUCCAUGGUGCAAGUCAACCAGGAAAGCACCAUGCUUCACCAUACACUGUAAGACCUGAGGGCAGUUCAAUGGAGCUUGUAUCCCCCAGAGUAAUAUCUGAGAAUCAUGGAACUGGUGUACAAGGUGGACACUCAUUUCAGUCAAAUUGGCCUGUUUCUACUCGUGCAGAGAUUCCUGAAGUUGGGGUUAGAAAAAUUGAUGGUCAUGACAAUAACAUAAUGCUUAAUCCUUCACAAGGAGGUAACAUGCCAUGCUUACCUAUCGCAACACAGGGACCUAUUCCACCACCACAACAAAUCCAGCCAUCUCCAUUUUUGCGACCUGUUUACCCUCCUCCAAACAGUUCCUGGGAUGCAAGAGGAUCAAAUCAUCAUUUCCCUUUAAACCCGAUCUCGCCUAGUGUUGUGCCCAAUACAUUUCAUGGGAAUGCAGUCGCAGCUCCUUUCAUACCCCCUUCGGUGACUCCACUUGCACAGAUACAGGGAGCAUCAAUGCAGAGUUAUGAUCAGAUGUUUUCUCAUCCUGUUGUACCCCCACCUUUAUCAUCCCUACCACCACCUCAGCCUGAAGAACCUCCUCCGUUGCCUCCAUCUCCACCACCUAGUUCUCCCCCUCCACCUCCACCUCCACCUCCACCUGCCACAGAAUCAACUGAAAAGGAAAGUUCUGGACAAUUAGUCCAGUUCCAGUGGCAGGGAACACUAUGCAAGAGUGGUGUUCACUACUGCACAAUCUAUGCUCGAAGAGAGGAUUCAAAUAUUUGCAAGUAUUCGAAUGACAUUUCUGAACCUGCCGAAUGGCCUGCUAAAUUAGAUAUGACCAAACGAACUGAUUUCCGGCAUGUGACGUCAACAUUUACUAGUACCCCGCCACAUAAAAGGGAGGUAUGUCGGCUGAUUCCCUCUUCUUCUGGUGACCAUAAAGGCUUUCAGGAUUUUAUAUCAUACCUGAAGCAGAGAGAAUGUGCCGGAGUAAUCAAGAUUCCAGCUUUAAAAUCCAUUUGGGCAAGGCUUCUCUUUAUACUUCCUUACUCGCAUGAGGUGUGCUCCAUGCUUUCAGUUGCACCUGAUUCAUCUGACUGUCUCAUUGCUUUGGUUUUGCCCAAAGAAACAAACUUUGAAUGGGAAAUUUCUACUGAUCAAAUUCUUCUACUCCAAAUUUCCUCUUAUCAACUCUCUCAAAUAACCGAUUCACUGUUAAUGAUGUCGAACCGAUAUAACAACAAUAACAAACAAGAGUUUCCCAGAAACAAAAGAAAUUUUAUCCCAAAAGACCUUAACGCCACCACUCUGUCAAAUUCCCUUAGACAAAAUUCCGAUGUGCCAACAUCUAGUAGCGCCACGUCAUCCGGCAGCGGGGCACCGACCCUUGACGCAGCAGCUUCAGCUCAUGCUCAUUCUCGUAAUUUCGUAAAUUACUUGCCGCAGGACGAAGCCGUCGCUGCUGGUCUCAGCGCUGAUGAAGGAGGAUUGGAUCCGGUCGAAUCGCAGAGGGUUGUUGAUUUGUUAAACAGGGAGUUGUCUAGGUCGCUAAAAUUAAACCCUAGAGAUUUCUGGAGAGAAGUGGCUAGUGACGCGUCAUUGCAUGAUUUUUUGGAUAGUUUCUUAAAGUUUAGAAGCAGAUGGUAUGACUUUCCCUAUCGUGGAGUCAAGGGAAUAGUUGCAGGGGUCAUUGUUGGAGAGUUCGAAUUAAGCCGCCGUGUUUUUAUGCUAUUUUAUCGAAUAUCUUCUAAUAAAGAUCCUGGCGCCCGUGCUGCUGAUAGCCUUAGUUCUAAAGACCAUGCAGUCCUUUUGCAGGAAAAGAAGUUGCUUGACUUGCCUAAGCUGUUGGAUAUUUGUGCUAUAUAUGGUCAUGAAAAUGAAGAUUUGGCCAGAUUGCUUGUCAGUAAUGCUCUGAAAGCUCAGCCUGGGAUUCAUGACAAUUUUAUUGGAGUAUUGUCUCAUUUCUUGGGUAUUGUUCACACAAUGCAUCAACGUUGCAGCUCAUCUUUAGAGGCUCUAUUUUCCUCUGGGCGGCAUGAAGAGAGAGAAUUAAGUCGGCUUCGUGCUGAUCUUUUAGAGGUGAGUUGCUUUCUUUAUUCUUUCAGGAACAUAAUGGGUUUAUUCUUGUUUGUGAUGGACUUUAUAAAUGAUGCAAUUGUAUCCAUGGAUGCUUUUGUUACUGCAUACAGUCCAGCAGCUCUGAUCUUCUCGAGCCCUGUUGAGAUGAGUUUUGGGAAUGAGGAAUUGCUCAGCACCCUCGCUCGGUUGCAUGAUUCAUUGCUACCAUCUUUUCAGCGCGGAUUUCGAAUCAUUUUUACUGCUGGAGAAGAUGAAAUGAUUGCCAACAUUGCUAUUAGCUUGAAGAUGUUAUCAAUGAGAAUAGUGAAACUUGGUUGGAAAUUAUUAGAUGUUUGCUAUCUAGGCAGUGAAGUGUUUGAAGAUGGUCUUUCGAUUCCAGCUGUCACAAAAAUGUUUCCUGCUAAAGUGGAGGAUCCCUUCAUUAGGGCAGAUAUUGUAGUUCAAACUUUAAGGGAGAUCAGUGGAGUUUCACUACAAGUUCAGGACCAAAACAGGGAAACUUUUCUUAAAAAAGUUGAAAGGAAUUACAAUUUACUUAGAAGACUUGAGAAUCUACAGAAUACUGGAUGGAUAUUCAUGGAGGAUGAACAAUUGCAAUAUUUAUCUGGGAUCAUGUGUUCUUCAAAAGACCUUGCUAAGAAGCAGGCCCUUGUACCUCCUUCUGUGAUGAGCAGCAAUAUGCAUAUGGAUGAAGAUGCUCUGAUCAAGGAGUCUAAAAUCAGUCAAGUAAAGGACCUAUUUCCUGAUUAUGGUAAAGGGUUUCUUGCUGCAUGUCUUGAAGUUUACAACCACAAUCCAGAAGAGGUUAUCCAGAGGAUCCUUGAGAAUACUCUCCAUGAAGAUCUGCAGUUGUUGGAUACUUCUUUAGAAACAAUGACAGUUCCCAAGUCUACUUCGACUGUAAGCACGAAUGAUAAAGGGAAAGGAAAACUAGUUGAACCUACAAUGCCAAACUCUGCUACUCCUGUGGCACUUGUUAGGGAGCCACAAACUGAGAGACCCUCAUUUUCAUCCUCAUCUACAGUUGGGAGGUACAUUAGGAAGUCUAAAGCUCACUUGCCUGAUGAUGUUACCCUUGAUACCAGAGAUGAGACUGAUAAUGCAAGAACUAGUGCUUUGAUUUCACAGUAUGAGUAUGAAGAUGAGUAUGAUGAUUCUUUUGAUGACCUGGGACUGAGUGUUGUGGAGUCAGGAUUUGAGGAACAUGAGAUCUUGGGUGACAGAAUCAGUUCCAGUUCGGGCAACUCUUGGGGUACACAGACCGGUAACUCUGCUCAGGCAGCUCCUAGUUCAAAAUGGGGAUCCAAGAAAAAGCCCCAAUAUUAUGUUAAAGAUGGUAAGAAUUACAGUUACAAGGUUGCAGGCUCAGUUGCUGUUGCAAAUGCUAAUGAAGCAUCAUUAGUCACUCAAUCUCAGAAAGAAUUAAUAUAUGGUCUUGGCCGUGGUGGCAAUCUUCCUUUAGGUGCUGUUAAGAAGCUAAUGGAGCAUGAGGAAGAGGAUAAACAGUCUGAUGUUUUUGAGGUGGAAGGUAGAGAGAACAUGAGAAAUUCUUGGGGCCAGGGUAGGAGGGGAGGAAGAUCGAGAGAUGCCAAUGAGGAACAAGAUAACAAGUCUGAUGGCACUGAUAUGGGAGGGAGAGGGAAUGUGGGAAAUCAUAGGGGCAGGGGAAGGAGGGGAGGAGGAUCGAGAGAUGCCAAUGAGGAACAAGAUAACAAGUCUGAUGGUACUGAUAUGGGAGGGAGAGGGAAUAUGGGAAAUCAUCGGGGCGGCGGAAGGAGGGGAGGAGGAAGAAAUCAUUACAGAAAAGACCGGGCCAUGAAUAAGCACUUUGCUGGAUUGAGUGGUUGAUAGACACCAUUUAAAUAUAAAGAAAAUGGAGACACUUUUUUUUCAUAGAUUUCAGAACAAUAGAGAAGUUUUGUAGAGGGCAACAAAAAUCGUAUAUUGAGUUUGUUUCGUUUGAAGUCAUCCAGAGUGUUAUAGUCGGCUGACAGGUUGUUUAUACGUUUUUGGAGAGGCACAUAUGUAACUCAUUGCAUAUCAUAUGGUAGAUUUUACAUGUUUUCUGUAUAUUUUGUUCAAAGAAUCAAAUGUUUUAAGUGAUAACUAGUAAGCAUUACAUCC